AUGCGUUCCGUUCAGAACUUUGCCUGGGGCCUGCUCGCUGCGGCGACCGUCGCUGCUGCUGCCGACUCGGAUGUCACCCAGCUGACCAAGGCCACCUUUGACGACUUUGUCAAGACCAACGAUCUCGUCCUCGCCGAGUUCUUUGCCCCCUGGUGCGGUCACUGCAAGGCCCUCGCCCCCGAGUACGAGGAGGCUGCCACUACCCUGAAGGAGAAGAACAUCAAGCUUGCCAAGAUCGACUGCACCGAGGAGCAGGAUCUUUGCUCAACUCACGGUGUUGAGGGCUACCCCACCCUCAAGAUCUUCCGUGGCCCCGACAACGUCUCUGCCUACAAGGGCCAGCGCAAGGCCAAUGCCAUCACCUCGUACAUGAUCAAGCAGUCCCUCCCCGCUGUUUCCCUCCUGACCAAGGACACCCUCGAGGAGUUCAAGAAGGCCGACAAGGCUGUUGUCGUUGCCUACUUCGACGCCUCCGACAAGGCCUCCAACGAGACCUUCACCCAGAUCGCUGACAAGCUCCGUGACAACUUCCCCUUCGGUGCCAGCAACGACGCUGCUCUGGCCGAGGCCGAGGGCGUCAAGGUUCCCGGUGUUGUUCUCUACAAGGACUUUGACGAGGGCAAGUCCGUCUUCUCUGGCAAGUUUGAGGCUGAGGCCAUCGAGAAGUUCACCAAGACCGCCUCCACCCCUCUGAUCGGUGAGGUCGGCCCGGAGACCUACUCGGACUACAUGUCUGCCGGCAUCCCCCUGGCCUACAUCUUCGCCGAGGAGGCCGAUGAGCGCAAGGAGCUCAGUGAGGCCCUGAAGCCCAUCGCCGAGGCCCACCGGGGUGUCAUCAACUUCGCCACCAUCGACGCCAAGGCGUUUGGUGCUCACGCUGGCAACCUGAACCUCAAGGCCGACAAGUUCCCCGCUUUCGCCAUCCAGGAGACUGUUAAGAACCUCAAGUACCCCUUCGACCAGGAGCUCGAGAUCACCCACGACGCCAUCAAGAAGUUUGUCGAUGACUUUGUCGGCGGCAAGAUUGAGCCCAGCAUCAAGUCUGAGCCCAUCCCCGAGAAGCAGGAGGGUGUUACCGUCGUUGUCGCCAAGAACUACAAGGACAUUGUCCUUGACGACACCAAGGAUGUCCUGAUUGAGUUCUACGCCCCGUGGUGCGGUCACUGCAAGGCUCUGGCUCCCAAGUACGAUGAGCUCGCUGCCCUGUACGCCAAGUCUGAGUGGAAGGACAAGGUUGUCAUCGCCAAGGUUGACGCCACGGCCAACGACGUCCCCGACGAGAUCCAGGGCUUCCCCACCAUCAAGCUGUACGCCGCAGGCAGCAAGGACGCCCCUGCCACCUACUCUGGCCCCCGCUCCGUCGAGGACCUGAUCAAGUUCAUCAAGGAGAACGGCAAGUACAAGGCCGAGGUUUCGGAGGCUGAGGCUGAGGCCGAGACCCCCGUCGCCCCCGCGGCCACCGAGUCUGGCAAGGAGGAGGCCAAGGAGACCGACGUUCACGACGAGCUGUAG